CAGAACACUACAGAACGCGCGGUACAGUGUAUGUAAUUGGACGGCAUGGUGAGAGGCUCUAGUCUCAUUGCUCAGGCACAUCAGCAAAUUCAUAAGACUUCAGCAGUUGUCGAAGCGAAACCGCGGAAGAAAGAAAUCGAUACGUCAUCAGCGGAUGGCGGAUAGCAUAAACACACCUGCUCACUUGUAUUCUUCUACUGCUAUCCUAUUUCAUGCGUCCUUUCAAUUCGCAGUAAUUUAUAUCACCAAUUCGAGUGGCAGAAAUACCAUAGGCGCCUCGGCAUUAUGGAAAUCACAACAAGAUGCGAUAAAUCAACGCCGAUAUCACUCCUCCAAACAAUCAUUAAACCAUUUCGACCUCGUCUUAUAAAACCCAAAAAGGAAUUUCCAGCAGGCUCGCCCUACCUUGAUGUUCACAAGGCAGCAAACAAGCGCUGCAAUGUCACAGAACGACAAGUAGAAGGGAUCUGGCUCUACGAUAUGAAGCCCAAAUACACCUCUUCUCCCAAAAAGGAUGAAAUCGCAACGAGAACGAGACACGUCUUUUACUUUGCGGGAGGAGGUUGGCAAAUGCCUCCGAGUCCUGAACAUUGGAAACUCUGCGCCGAGUUGUGUCAUCGAUCGAAGGAUACAACGGUGACGAUGGUAUCUUAUCCACUGGCUCCAAACUCUCCGGCCAAGGACUCUUUACCCUUGCUGGAAAGACUAUACCCCUACCUAUUUCCAACCACAGAAACGGAAAAAUCAACUACAGAAGUCAUUUUCGCCGGUGACUCUGCGGGCGGCAAUGUAGCCCUAGGUCUCGUCGUCAAAGUCCUAGCUUCCACACCCUCAGCACCCGUGCCAAACAAAAUAGUCUUGAUAUCUCCAGCACUGGACCUCCGAAAGCAACCCGUUGCUUCAUCAUCAUUUUCUGCAGAUCUGGUGGCGGCGGAUAAAAAGGAUCCUCUGUUGGGGAUCCCGUUUACGAAUGGCACGGCUGAGAAUUGGAGUCGUGGGACUGAUGCUGAGACGCCUUGGAUUUCUCCAGUUUUAGCGGAUGUGGGUGUAUUUAGGGAGAGGGGUGUGAAGGUCUAUGGUAUUACGGCUGGUGCAGAUGUUUUGGCGCCGCCGGCGAGACAUUUUGCAGAAGUUUGUAGGGAGCAGGGGGUUGGUGGUAGAUGGUUGCAUUGGGAGGGCUUGAUGCAUUGUUUUGUGUUGGCGUUUUGUUAUGGGAUUAAAGAGGGUAAGGAAGGAUUGGAUUGGAUCGUGGGUGUUAUGGAAGAAUAACGUGGUUGAAAAAAAGGUGUUGGAGUAGCAUGGGAGGAUGGGCGUGGCAGUUGUGUGAUACCGAAUUUUAGACAACACAAUUGUUUGACAAUGUUAUGGCAUGCCAGAUUAUCUCAUAGCAUAGUGAUCGU